UCCGAGUGGAUUAAGGGGGCUAGGGCCGAGGGCAGACGGCAAUGUCUGUGGAGAAAGAGGUUUCGUUCAGGUUUUCAUACCCGGGCUCGAAAGUACGGAGUAAGCAGUUUAGGGGGCCGCGGGGACGCAGUAAGGCCCGGGCCCGGGGCUCCCGGUGCAAGGCCCAAGUCCAAAGGCGAUCGCAACCAGAGCCGUACUGCAAGAAGGCGCAAGUGCCAGAGAAAGAAAAGGUGUGGACGCCCUGGAAUGGCCUCAUCGUGAUUGGGAAGAGAGUGGAACUCUUGGACAGAAACCUGCAAAAGUCUAAACUGUGGGACCCAAAGUUGGAAUCUGAGAACUGGAAGCUGGAAGUCGUGGGGAAGAAGAUCUCGCAAGAGAGAUCGGGCUUGAUUCAGGAGAGGGUGAACACGAAGCUCCUGAACAGUGUAGGGAAGACAUCACAAGAUCCAGCAAGUUUGAAGGAUGACAACCCAGAGGAGACUCGGAGACAGCAGGAGGACAGACUCAAAGCUAGAUCCGUGUCUAAUAGUGCAGCGAUGAUAGCGGAGCCUGAAGAAAGACUGACGUCUAAAGACAAGUUGAGGACCACUGGAGGGGACUUGAAGUCCAGAGGCGAUCAACUGAGGCGGAAUGAGGAGUUGGAGUCGAGUGGAGAGAACUUGAUGUACAAGACAGAGAAACGGGUGUCCAUGGGAGAGAAGGUGGUGGGCAGGCGAGAGAAACGGGGGUCUGUUGUAGAGAAAAUGGUCAGUAGAGAGAAACGGGGGUCCAUCAGAGAGAAGGUGUCGGACAGUGGAGAGAAACGGGGGUCCAUCAGAGAGAAGGUGUCGGACAGUGGAGAGAAACGGGGGUCCAUCAGAGAGAAGGUGUCCGACAGUGGAGAGAAACAGGGGUCCAUCAGAGAGAAGGUGUCGGACAGACGGGGGUCCAUCAGAGAGAAGGUGUCGGACAGACGGGGGUCCAUCAGAGAGAAGGUGUCAGACAGACGGGGGUCCAUCAGAGAGAAGGUGUCGGACAGUGGAGAGAAACGGGGGUCCAUCAGAGAGAAGGUGUCGGACAGUGGAGAGAAACGGGGGUCCAUCAGAGAGAAGGUGUCAGACAGACGGGGGUCCAUCAGAGAGAAGGUGUCAGACAGACGGGGGUCCAUCAGAGAGAAGGUGUCAGGCAGGCGGGGGUCCAUCAGAGAGAAGGUGUCAGGCAGGCGGGGGUCCAUCAGAGAGAAAGCAUCCGACAGUGGAGAGAGGCUGGGGUCCAUCAGUGAGAAAGCAUCCGACAGUGGAGAGAGGCUGGGGUCCAUCAGAGAGAAGGCGAGGUCAAGUGACGAAAAGCUGAGUAGAGAGAAAUUACAGUCCACUGAAGAACAGCCUAGGACUGGUGAUAGAAAUCUGAGACCCACGGGAGAUAAACCGGAGUCAGACACUGAGGAAGUGCAGUCCGAUGGGAUGAAGCUGGGAGAGCACUCACAGACGGGAAGCACAACAGAGGAGAAUAUUGAAAGAGUGACAAACGUUACUGGUGAUGAAAGUGUGACGGAAACUAUGAGUAGGGAACAAAUUCCUUCUGAAAAGGUGGAAGGGAAAGAUGAGCAAGAGGGAGCAGAGGGCGCGGGGGAAACCGACAGUUUUGUCCUGGCUGAAAUGAAAGGUACUGCUGAUGAAUCUGUUCCUAUGGGGGAGAAAGACACAAUUGGAGAAGGCUCUGGGCAAUCAGGUGGAUGAGGAAGUGAAGGUAAAGGAGACUGGAGAAGUAUUGAAAGUCAAAGAGAAGCUAGAGCAAAGCAAAACUUUGUUGAUCCCAAAAGGGUAAAGAUGAGUGAGGAUUCUGGAACUGAAAGGACAGGGAAGUGGAGCAGAGUUACUGGGGACGGAGGCUAAGCCAAUAUCAACGGAAGUGAAGGGUGGGAAAGAGGGAAAUGGGAACAUUUUAAGGAGAAAAUAUUGGGAAUGAAUGCUAAGUAGAAGGAAAGUGACUGCUCCAUUCUUGAAGAACUAUUUGAGAAAUGAGUCUAGGGUGGGCUGGAUUUUGGCAGACAUACUGGUCAGGGGUAUGAAAUGUAGAAGAAUGUCAAAACGAACAACUUAUAGCAGGAUAAAGAAUGGACGCUGAGGGUUGUGGGAGAAGCAGCAAACAGGUGGUAUGUCUGAAGCACACACCAAAACCCGAGGGGCUCCAGCAGGAGUGAAGCGAAGGGGAAGAAGAGUGAUCAUGAUUUUAAUUAAAGACCUAUGUCUACCUGAUAGCAUCAUUUGAAGAUUCCUCUGGUGAUUCUAUAUUGUCAUCUCUUUAAGAGACACCUUCUUGGGCAUGAGAUCAAGACAGCAUUUGCCCUGCAUGGGAAAUGACCUACAUCAGGAUUUAGAGAUUCUGUCUUUGGCUGGAUGAGUUCUUUGCCUGAGCUGUCAGAUUCAUUUCACCAAGACCACAGGCACCAGUGAAGAUCAAGUUAUUAUGACAAAUGCCAACUGCCUGUUUCACCAGCUGACUGGAUUACCACUGUCAAGUAACUGGAUGUCAGGUCACCUUCCUGGGAAGCAGUUAAUAAAAGCUGUGCGUGGUGGAGCAUGCCUGUUGUCCCAGCACUCAGGAGUUGAAGGCAGGAUGGAUCUGGAGUUUAAAGUCAUCUUUGGUGCUGGGAUUAAAGGCGUGCGCCGCCACCACCCGGCGAUGUUCGGAUGUAUUUGAUGUCGACAAGUACAACAACCCAUCCACUGAUCUAUCUGACCUAAGCUGGGACAAACCAGAGCCUGGUUCUCUCCUCUAACUGAAAAAAAGGACAAAAGCAGAAUAAGUUUCGUAAGAUUUCCAGAUCAGACCUGCUCCCCAGGUGCUCUCCUGACAUCCCUUCUGCACUCACAUCGGGGCUGUUACAUCACAGGACGCCCUUUCCUGAGUCUUCCCUCUGCAUCAAAGCAGGCUAUCCAAACACACCAGUGGACAAAGACCCACUCCCUCGGAGGAGCCACUCAGCUCAAGGCAUUUGGAAACCAGAAGACAACAGAGAUCUUUAUUAACCAUCAAACAGACUCCCUCUCUAAGUUUCCGAUAUGUGGAUUAUUAUUGUCUGAAAUUUUGUUACUGCUCAAGAAUUUUUUGUCUUAGCCAGGAAAAAACAGGCUCCGGGCCUGUUCUUCCCCUUGUCUUAGUACUUGGACUUGGUGAAAGAGUUUAUCAGUGGAACCCACCACCAGACGUAGCCACACUCAGACAGUCAGCUGUCAGGCUUACCAGGAAAACUGGGGCUUGGAGAAGGGUGUGGAAGGAGGCAAUGCCAGGGGAUGCAGGGAAGAGAGUGGUGAGGCACUGUCCAGGGGCAGGGUGGGAGGAAAGAUUGUCUUGAAUGGAACAUCUCAGAGAACAGGGUGGGUCUGCAUUACCACCCCCAGAACCAAGGCACAGAGGAGGUUUGAAAUGUCCAGGAUAAAUAGAACCAAUGGGGUUGGAGAAAAAACCAGCUCCAUCCCUUUUAAAAACAGUCUUACUGUGGGCACCAAAAAUAUAUUAAUAUCUGUACAUUUGUCAUCUUUAAAAAAAAAGGAAAUAAAACCUCCUUGGCA